AGUACAUAGUCCAUAGACUUAUUUAUAGACCAGUCCAUAGAAUAGUCAAUAAACUAGCCCAUAAACAAGUCCAAGAAUUAGUCUGGAUUUGAGUAAGUACUAGUCUAUUGCCAGGUCUAUUAUAUAGACUAGUUAAUAGCCAAUAUUCUUCCUAUAUAGAACUAUUCUUAAGCAAAUCUUUAAUGGUUGUUCUUUAUUCGAAAUUGUCACUCUGGGAACUAGUUCUAGGAAAAAUUUAACAUGCAACAUGUUAUUUCGCUGGAAGUUCAGCAUAUUUUUUGUUGGGAACAAGAAGUGUUUUAAUACCAAAUUGUUAUUCUAUUUACCCCUCCGACAUUAUUAUUAUACAACUAGAUUAAUCUAACUAAUAUUAAGAAUUAAGAAAUUUUUUAAUAAUACAACCACAUAUUUAUAAAUAUACUUUAUAUAAACUAUAAAUGUAAUGAAUGCGUGAUUGUAUUGAAAAACUUAUAAACCAAACAAAAUGAAAACAAAACAAAAAAAAUCCCAAAAGGUCCUGGUCCGCCUGAUGAAUGUACCAUCAACACACAUAAUAACACUACUACUAUUAGCACACACUCCGAAUUGACGGGAAAAUCAUCAAAUCUUUCAAAUAGUCGUGAUACCACAACGACAUCUUGUUCGGCAUGCCCUUCGGGGAGUUGUUUGAAUUUUUCCUCUAAUGAAGAAUCGGAACGUGAUUAUGAUUUGCUAACAUCAUCUAUGUCGCCUGUAUGUAACUGUGAUUGUGAAUGUGCCACACAAACGGCUAAUGCCACAACUAGUCCUACUCUAAAUACAUUGAAUGCCGCCUGCUCGCCUACACCCUCGUUGUCGGCGGCAUCGGCCUGUAAUGCUGCGGUCGAUGUCGAACAACAACAUUUUUCCUUUUCCUCAUCGAUUGCAAACCUUAAAUUACACACUUCUUCAUCGUCGUACAAUCAUCAUCAGCGUCCUUCCCAUCUUUUGCAUCAGCAAAAUCAUUUCUCAUCGCUACUGAAUAAUGCGGCCGCCGCUUGCUCGUCAUCAACAUCGUGUUUUAUAUCCUCUGCCAUUUCAUCGGCCAAUGUCUGUGCCACCGGACCAGCUACAGCUAAUAGUUCAUAUUUAUGUUCCACAUCGGCUCCCACAUCAGCCAGUGCUAAUAAUAGUUUAGCGGCGCGUCGUCAGUCUAUUAGUAAACUAUUAACUGCAACACAUAAUAAUAAUACUUGUAGCAUAAAUAAUAAUUCCACUUCUACAACAACCACCAGUCUGUGUGGUUUUAAAAACAAUUCCCUAUUGACUUCGCCACCAUCGGCUACUCAGCAUCAGCAGCAACAACAACAACAACAUUCCUUUUCUAGUUCUUCUCGUGGUUUUGCUGGUCUAUUUUGCAAUAGUCGUUCCGCAUCGAAAAAUGAUGUUAACGAGUCACUCUCCUCGCCUCAUCACAAUUUACCACAGCGGUCAUCACAUCAACAUAAUACCACAACAAAUCAACAACAUCACCACCACCAACACCAUCAUCAACAACAACAACAACAUCUCCAACAGCAACCACAUCAUAAUUAUGAUAAUAAUCAACAUAAACCAUUGAAAAGUAGUGAUAGUUUGUCAGAUGUUAGUGAUACAUUUGAAUGGUGGUUUCAAAGACACAAAAGAAAUUCAACAAAAAAGAGCAGCCGACACUCAUCAUCGAGUCAAUUAAAUUUAAAUAUUGGAUUUAAUUUCACAUCAACUCAUAGAUCUUCACCAGUGAGUAGUUGUUGUGGCAGUAGUAGUCAUGGUCGCUCCAGUCCGGACAACGAUAUGGGCGAACCGCCAACAUUGCCCCUAAGUCCAGGUUAGCCGGUUCUUUUAAUUUCACAUACAUUUACAUAUAUAUGCCUACUUAUUUGUGUGUGCGUGUAUAUACUUUUAUUAUAAAUACAACUAUGUAUUAAAAAUGUGUAUUAAAAAAAAACUGUUAACAGUUUCCAAAUUCAACUUUAUACCACCAUCUCUUUUUUUAAACUUUUUCCUUUUAAUAAAUUUUUUUUUCAAUUUAACUUUUAUUGAAAAAAAACCCACACUUUUGCUUUAAGUAUUUUAUAUAUUGUUAAACAAAUUGUGUAAGUUAAUUUUUUUUCUUUAAAAAAUCUUAAGUUUUCUCUCUUGACUAAGCGUGUUUCUCUUUUGUUUCAAUUUAUUUGCAGUGUAAACUAUUGUUUCCUUUUAUUUGCAGUGUACAACUACAAAAAUCUAUUUGAUGGCUCCACUUUUCUUAUUCGUUUUCAGAUUUUAACUGUAUUUCUUUAUUUCAGUUUUAUUUUUAUGGUUUUUCUUAUUUUAUCGUUGUUGCUGCUUGUAUGUAUUUUUAAAUGUUGUUGUUUAGAUAUUAUUUGAUAAAUUAUAAUGUUUUCACUCGAUUUCUGAGUAAAAAAUAAUAGAGAGUUUUUAAUACCAUUUUAAACCGACUGCAACUACUGGUUAAUAGACUAAUCCUUAGAAUAUUCAAAAGACUUAAUAAAGCAUUUAAAUGACUAUUGCUUUUAGAUUCGAACAUGGACUAGACAAUAGAUCUCAGACUACUAGAUCAACUACUCCAUAGAUUAGCCAAUAGGAUAGACCAUAGCCUAGACAAUCGAUAAGUUCAUAGAAGUUCAAUGACUAGAAUAAUGUAGACACUAGAACUAGAACAUAACUAGAACAUAACUAGAACAUAACUAGAACAUAACUAGAACAGAACUAGAACAGAACUAGAACAGAACUA